UGCUGCGAAAUCAAACGCAUCCAUUUGUUGUUACGGAACGAGCACUUUUUUUCUUCUUCUCUCUGCUAGCUUCUUGUGCACACCUGUCAGGCUGCACACACUGGAAAACCUGUUAGAAAUGGGUUAAGGAAUCCCACCGUUUAAAGGCGCUCACUGAGGCAACACCACUCAGCUGAAUGUUCACAAUAUUUCGCUUCCAUGUCUUCUAGGAAGCGUAAAAUACACUCCAAAGACAUAAAGCGUCUCUUCUUUCCGGAUGCUGCUGAAAAUGGUCCCCAGAAACGGGAGAGGGAAGCUGCGAGGGAAUCCCUUUCAUUCGCCAGAAGUUGGACAACAUGCGGGGACAGUUUUCUGGAGACCCCGGUGACAAAUGCUCCCUCUGUCCGUAAGGUCCAGUCAUCGGGUAAGAAGCUGUCCGUCAUUAGGAAGUUGGCUCGGGCACCUGCUUUAGCGCAGAGCAGUGCUCCUAGCCACGACGAGGACCCAGUGGACAUCGCCUGGACUUCGAGUGAAACCGAACCCUCUGAUGAUGAGAAUCAGGUGCAGCAUCAGUCCCGAGUUGUUUCACGACAGCUUCGGCGACCUCCAAGGCCGGGAAGACCCAGCGCCCUGAUUCAGUCUUACACCACUGCUUUGAGCAUGCUCACUACGGACAAAGAUGAUCUGCCUGUCAUAGAAACGGACAGCGAACCGGAUCAGUCCGAGGAGGAUGCCGAUGACGACAGCGGGCAACAGAUUUCAGACUGCGGGUCGGACUCUGCUGAUGAAAACACAGAUAUUUGUCCUCCUAGUUCUGAACAUAUGAAAGAGCUAGAGAUCUCGGGUUAUGUGUCUGACGGAGACGAUAUCGGCGGCACGCUCACGUCAAGCAAACUGGACUCCGAGGUCUUUCCUCUCCAAACCGGCGAGGGCACCAAAAGGUCUGUGCGGGACUGGCUGAGAUCUGCGCAGGCGAUGCUGCAGACGCCCCAAAAACCGUUUGACAGGCAGUCCAAGACCCCGGAAGACUCCUCCAAAAAGAAAAGAAAGUUCAAGAGAGGAGGUCUGGCAGAGAGGCUGAACCGACUCCAGUGCAGGCAGAGGUCAGCUAUCAGUUUCUGGAGGCACAAGUCCAUCUGUGACACCUCAGCAGCAACGACCGCAGCAGUGGACCGGCCUGGCGUGCUGGUGCUCGAGGUGCUGGAGGUCCACGAGGAGUGCAACAUGCAGUUGGCGCACUGCGAGCACCGACAGCCCCCCGGAGACGGCCACCAGCAUAGAAGCGCCGUUUCCGAGGAAACAACUCGGAUGUUGGCGUUAUUCAACAGAGAGACGGCAGCUCAGAUGAUGCCAAAACCCAGAGAUGUCAUCCGCAUUUACCCCCCGUGGUUGUGCGCGCUGGUCCAGGACGGCUUUGGCAUGUUCAGCGUGCUCCAGCUCCAGCCUUUGUCCAGCAGCGACGAGCUCCACCAGUACUGCCAGACGUGGCAGGGCAGAACCUGCGUGCUGAGGGGAAUCAAAGUGGUGCAGCGGGUCACUCGAGAAAGGCACUCCAGGCUUUUCGGCUUGAUAGACAGUCUGUGGCCCCCAGCGACGUCUCUGAAAGAUCACGGAAACUCACUUAGUAUGCUAAAUGAAAGCCGAGCUGCAGGUCCGCCUCCCAGUUUCUGCUACCUGCUGUCGGGUCAGCAGAGUUCAGUUGAGCUCGCUGAAGGGCAAACUGUUUCAGCGCUCUACCGUCACCCCGCUAACCAGACCUUAAGAGAAAUACUGCAGAGCGAGACGAAGUCCGGCCGCUGCAGCUUUAUCGCCACCGUUUUAUACAAGAGAAUGCCGAGCACCGAUGUAGGCCAGAGGGAGGUGUGGCUGGUGCUGACAGACCCCAGUCUUCAGGAGGAGCAGCCGGAGAGGCCGUGCAGGCCCACAGUGGCUCUGUGUGUGAGCACUUCCUGCGUGCUCACUUCCUCCGUCCUCGAAGCACUGAAUUCCCCCGCUGCCUGUGACAUGUCAUUCACAGAUGCCAUCAGAGAACAUGGUGUGCUGCUCUGUGCGGAGCAGUCUGUCAUUAAGGUGUUAUCUGUACAACCCGGGAGCAGCGUGGAGACCCCUGCGAGGCAGGACUCGCUCUCCCAGGUGAAGACCCUGCCCCAGCCACCGAGGCUGGAUUCCCUGAGUGUGGAGACCACGCCCAACUCCCUCUGUACUCUCACAGGGGUGAUUGUUGGCGUAGAUGAGAAUACCGCUUAUUCUUGGCCAGCUUGCAAUCUCUGUGGAAGUGACAACUUAGAGGUGUCAGCGGAAAAGCCUCAAAACUUCCACUGUGUUUCCUGUAAGUCGAUGUUGGACAAGCCGGACACAAAGGUUCAGCUGGAGGUGUUCCUCAGCUCGUCCUCGUUAAGCAACUGCACCUUAAAGGUUAAGCUACAGCAGAGGACCAUCAUGUCCAUCCUGAACACGCCCACGCCGGAAAGCCCUGAGCUCCAAGGCUACGAUGUGGAGAGCGUCUUGGGAAAAGCGGUGGGUCCCAUCGCCGUUUAUGUCCGAGUGGUCACCAGGAAGCCUGCCCUCUGGAUGGGCCUGGAAGAGAUCUGCCUCUAACGCUGCUGAUAGCACGCCUGGGAUUUUGGCUGGCUCCAGCAAAUCUGCACACUGGGCCUUGGUCUGAGCCAGUUUAUCCCCCCCCCCCCUUGCGAAGGCCUCCUCUGACAGCUUGAGGCUGUUCUGAAGAGAAGGGGCCUGCGAAGAGACAAGGUCUUGUUUGUGUUAAUGAUAUGUGAUCCUGUGCAGCAGGAGUUGACAGCCCAAGGGUAGAGCAGUGGCAUGCGGGCUGUCAAACCAGCCCAUGUGGAUCAUUAACUGGGAUGAGCCCUGAAUUUUGACUUUAAAAGAAACCUUUUUUCCAACCUCUGUAUGAAAAAAAAAAAAAAA